AUGGCACUGAGCAUUAUUAAGGUUGCUAAUUGGAAGAAAAAAUGGGAAGGAAAACUACAAAGCACGACAGAAUCAUAUCUUAAAAAAACUGAGAAAGGAAAAAAAUGGUCCUUGGUCGCCUUGUCUUUCACAGUUGUCUGUCGUGAAGCUUUAGAGUCCGUUGUAUUUAUGGCGGGGAUUGGAGUUAACAAGCCUGCCACUAGUCUUCCCAUUCCAAUCAUUCUUGGUAUUCUUUCGGGAUUUUUCGUCGGCUGGGUCAUCCUCCGAGGAUCUCAUAAAAUUUCGCUGAACAUAUUUCUCAUUACUACCACUACAUUUAUGCUCUUUAUUGCCGCCGGACUUUUUUCUACAGCAAUCGAUGAAUUUCAAGACGCAACCAAUAAUUCAGGAACUGUCUUAUGGACUCUCAAUUGUUGCGACCCCGAUACUGAGACUUUCUGGGAAACGAUGCAUGGUCUUUUUGGGUGGGAUAACAAAUCUACAGUCGGAACGUUCUGCGGGUAUUUCUCUUAUUGGAUCGUGGUGAUUUGUGCAAUAAUAUUUAUUUAUCGACGAGGAGAAAAAGAUGCUAAAGAGGUAAAAGUCGACGACCUGGAGAGUAACGAAAAAUCGGCCAGUGAAGUAGCGGACAAAGAAUGA